AUGUUGAAGUCAAUUGGUCCAUUGCGCGGCAGGGGAAUUGCCGGAGGAUUGGCAGUGCCAGAAGGACCAGGCGUCUUUGGGAAGCCAAUAGGUCCUUUUGGCGCCAGAGGAAUUUUCGGAGCGGGGGCGGGGGCAUCCACCGUGUGGAACGGAAUGAGUCCAUUCCGCGGCAGAGGAGUGGCCGGGGCGGGGACGGGGGCAUCCACCGUGUGGAACGGAAUGAGUCCAUUCCGCGGCAGAGGAGUGGCCGGGGCGGGGGGCGCGCCAAGUCGAAGUCAAUGA